AUGAGCAAGGUCAAAGCACCAAAGACGAAGGGCAUACCGAACAAGCAUCUGCACGCUCGCUCGACUUUUCUCUACCAAGCAGCUACAUAUCUAACGCUGCAAACGGCUACGCAAGAGGACGUCGCAGCUGAUGUCGCGCGAGACAAAGACGGCGGCUCGAUCGAGGCCCAGCGACAUUCACCGCUCGCACUCGAACUCGGAUCCGAUCUUCAACAGGUAUCACGGAAAGGCCAGCUACGGCUAGCUGUCGACUUGAAGCGCUCCAUGUGCAAAAGUUGCAAUACAGUGCUUGUUCCUGGACGCACUCUUACUCAAAAUGUUGAAAACCCCAGCAAAGGCGGUAAGAAGCCUUGGGCAGAUGUACUUGUCGUUACUUGUCUCAUUUGUGGCGGCAAGAAGAGGUUUCCAGUGGGCGCAACGAAACAACUCAAGAAGGCCAAGAGGAUGACAACCCAUACAACUCCCAAGGAAAGCAUCUCGCCUCUCCAGUCUCUGCCACAAGAGAUCCUGUCAAGCGUCUGCAGUUACCUACCGCAAGGGGCUCUCUACCAACUAACCCUCGUCAACAAAAAUAUCGGUCAGCGCGUAGUACCAGCCCUGUACGGUUCCUUCAGCCAAAAUGGAGGCGACAGCAUGCAAGUUCGACAGUACUUCAGAACCGCGGUGCGGGAGCCUGAGUUAGCUGAGCAUCUUCGCGAGAUUACUAUCCAGGGUUCCAUCAGGAUAACCCACAAGCAAGUGCGGAAAUGCCUCCGGAAAUUGGACAAGAAGAGCUGGCUACCGGUACUCAAGACGCUGAUUCUGAGUGGUGGAGGUGGAUUCCACAUGGCUACUACAAAUAUGGAAGCUGCGAUUCAUUCGUCACCGAUCGAAGUACUUGACUUUGAAAGCUUCAUUGCUCUGAUCGAGCUCGAAGUGCACUACUCUCAUGCCGCGGAUGACCUCCUGCCACCCAACCUGUGUCGGCUCGUCAUAUGCGCAACUACCCGCGACCGAGUAUGCAUCAUGGAAGACAUGGAAACACUAGCGCAAAAGCUCAGCAAGCGAUCAAACAUCGACGUAAUACUGAAGUAUCGGCACUACAGGAAGCCAAACUACGAGCUUCCAAAACUACGCGAACUGCCAUCCGUGUUCGCCAAGUCUGAUCUUAACCUGUCGCUUUACGUGUAUCCUGUUGUCGGCUCAUCAUGGUACUUGAUCGCCAAGUUCGAUCACCGCGCUGCAUGGUUGUCGCAGAGACCUAGCGAAACAGGCGCAAAAGAGUUGAGAGCUUGGUCGAAGCGAUUAGAUUCGACGUACGAUUACCGGGAGAUUGUGCUCGCGGAGAUCAAAAAUAUGGUCGGAAAGCACGAGAACCAUUGGAAGAGCAAGGACUACGAUCUCGACUUCAUGCUACCGUAUCUGUUUAGAAAUCUGUACAAGGUCUGA